UCCAAAAUGGCUGCCUCCAUCCGAGUAUCUUCGUGAGACCUUUGCCGGUAGCAGUCGCCUGGUUCUCACUCUUGGGCUCGUUUGGUGUGUCGCUAAGGGCGAGGGACCAGAGCAAUGGCAGGGGCCCUCUCUUGGAGGGCCGGUAGGACGCUGUGGGGCUGGGUGCCCCUGGCCUGUAGAAGCUUCUCUCUGGGUGUUCCUGUAUUGUCCCGUGUGAGGCUCACGCUCCCGCCCCCGAAAAUAGUGGAUCGUUGGAACGAGAAGAGGGCCAUGUUCGGAGUGUAUGACAACAUCGGGAUCCUCGGAAACUUUGAAAAGCACCCAAAAGAACUAAUCAAGGGCCCCAGAUGGCUUCGAGGCUGGAAGGGAAAUGAAUUGCAGCGUUGUAUCCGAAAGAAAAGAAUGGUUGGAAAUCGAAUGUUCAUUGAUGACUUGCACAAUCUUAACAAACGCAUCCGUUAUCUCUACAAACACUUUAACCGACAUGGGAAGUACCGGUAGAAGAGAAAGCCGGAAACUGCAGAAGAGGCACUUAAGUCAUCUUGGAGAAGAACAGUACUUUUCCCUAUAAAGGGCUUUGUGUGUGCUCUGUAAUAAAAUGGGAUUUCUCUGGAA